CCAGCAUGUCACAAAAGAAGAACGACCUAGUCAACUGGAUCAUAUUGUUGAUCCUCAACAAGAGCUCAGAAGGUCGAAAAGGGCUACAAAGCCAAAUCCCAAAUUUCCCAUGUAGUCAUGAUAGAAGAUAUUGGCGUAAGAGAACCAACAUCUUACGAAGAAGCGGCAAAACAUGGUGAAUGAAGAAACGCUAUGAAAGAAGAGAUUCAAGCUCUCGAGUAGAAUCAAACAUGGGAAUUCGUACCAAAGCCUGAAGAUGUUAAACCCAUAUCCUGCAAAUGAGUUUAUAAAGUGAAGACCAAGUCAGAUGGAUCAAUUGAGCGCUUCAAGGCUCGAUUGGUGGCUCGUGGAUUUUCUCAACAAUAUGGGCUGGAUUAUGACAAAACAUUUAGUCCAGUUGCCAAGAUCACAACUGUCCGCGUACUCUUAACACUUGCAGCCAGUAAGUCUUGGAGAAUGGGGCAGCUAGAUGUGAAGAAUGUUUUCUUACAUGGAGAGCUUGAUCGAGAGAUCUACAUGGAGCAACGUAGAGGGUUUGAGAGCACAAACUUCGACUAUUUUUGUAAGCUCAAGAAAGCCCUAUACUGUCUGAAGCAGGCGCCUCGAGCUUGGUACCGGAAGAUUGGAGAAUUUCUACUCCAAUGCGGAUACUCUGUCAAUCCGUCAGAUUCAAGUUUAUUUGUCAAGGAGCAAGACAAAAAAUUAGCAAUUGUGUUAGAUUAUGUUGAUGACUUGAUCGUGACUGGAGAUGAUGAAGAAGAAAUCAAUCGAACUCGAAUAAAUCUAUCCAUAAGGUUCCAAAUGAAGGAGCUUGGAGAGCUGAAGCACUUUCUUGGACUUGAAGUCGAGAAAAGAGAAGAUGACUUAUUUCUCAGUCAGCGGAGAUAUGUCAUAGUGUUGCUAGAUAAGUUCGGGGUACAAGAGUGCAAACCAAUGACAACACCGAUGGAGGCUAACGUUAAACUCAACUGACAAUAAGGAAAAUAUUUAGAAGACGUGACGAUGUAUAGACAACUUGAGGGUAGUUUGAUCUACCUAACUUUGACUCGUCCGGACAUUUCUUAUGCAGUUGGAGUCGUUAGCCGUUUCAUGCAGAAUCCCAAGAAGGUUGACCUAGAGAUCAUCAAAAGAGUCUUGAGAUAUGUCAAAGGAACCAUUGAUCAUGGGAUAUUAUACAAGAAGGGAGCAUACUGCAAGCUUGAAGGUUAUUGUGAUGCUGAUUAUGCUGGAGACCUAGACACUCGUCGUUCAACAACAGGAUAUGUGUUCACACUCGGUUCAGGAGCAGUGUCGUGGUGCACUAAAAGGCAACCGAUUGUUUCGCUGUCAAGUACAAAGGCCGAAUAUAGAACGGUAGAAAUGGAAUCACAAGAGUGCACCUGGCUAGUGCAACUUUUGAAGGACCUUCAUCAUUUUCUUCGAGAGAAAGUGCUGAAGGAAGAGAUAGAGAUGAAAGCAGUGAAGACUGGAGACCAGGCUGCAGAUAUUUUCACUGAAGCACUUUCGCGGGUCAAGUUUGAAGAGUUCAGAAGCGAACUUGGAAUGAUCAAGAAGCAGAAGAGUGUUGGUGACGCUGAAGCAUGUGAAGACACUACUCCAGCAUGAUACGAACACUACUCGAAGUAAUGGUAAAUUAAACUUUAAGAGGGAGC